AUGCCUGCACCAACCCACUGCAUGGACAAAGAGGAAUUAGAAGACCAACCAGCUUUCUCUGUCAAGGUUGUAGGUCAUGACAAAUUCAAGGUGGUCAUGAGCACAGCUAAUGAUAUAGAGAGCAACAAUGAAUUCAAUCAGCUCAUUUUUGAGGAGGCACAGACUGGCUUGAAGUGCAAGUAUUCAGAUCAUGACAAUGCCAACUAUGUUACCUCAUCUGAGGUUGAGGACUUUGAUGAUGAAUACUUUGACAUUGAGGAUCACAAUUUGAACUCUCACUUCGAGGACCUGAAUGACAUUUGUCCUGGGACAGUGGUCUUUAAUAUUGCAUGUCAACGACUCUGCCAGUGGUGCAGCAACUUUGGAUCCACUGCAAUCACUCUUAUUGCUCACUUCCUUGUCUUGGAUCCAGAAAUUGGUGUGCUGUCUCUUACUCAGGCCCAGGAACUCUGUUCUAAUCUGUUGGAAGGCUUCGCAUUUUUAUAUUCAGACCAAGAUUCUCACAAACUGGAGAACAUUUUCCAGUCAUACUUUGUAUUAUACCUCCUUGGCCAUGCACAUCUGCAGCCCUGUGAUGAUUCUCCUGAUGUCCCAAAACUGAAGAUCAGGGAACUGAAAAAUACUGGCAUCAAAGGUGCGCUAGCCCUUACCUGUGCUGCAGUAAUGUCUUGCAUUUUAGCCCUAGACAGUCAGCUAACUUAUUCUCUUUAG